UGUCAAAUAUUUUUAAUGUUUAUCAUCAAUUUAGUUUAGGUGUUUUGCUUUUCAUUCAGUCAAACAUAAAAAGUGACGAGAAAAAAUAACAAAUUUGACUGAUUGGAAGAGUUUGUGAUAAAUUUAUGCUCGUGGAAUUUCGAUCGAAAUUUUAAAUAAAAAUGCCGAUUUUAUCGACGACAUGUGAUUGGUUCAUUUUGCGACCAGGAAUCACAUAUCGAAAAAGUGAACUAUACACAAUGCAAUGGGCUGCUGACACUGAAUUGUAUCAAAUGCAAGUUGUUGCAGCUCCUUAUGGCGGUCCGAUGGCUAUUGUACGUGAUUCAAAGGAAUUUAUCAAAGUGGGCGGUUCGACAGUUAAGCCAACAAUUAGAAUAUUCACAGCAUCCGGUCUUCUGUUGGCAUCAAUUAAUUGGAACAGUGGCAAUCUUUUGACAAUAGGUUGGUCAGAUGCCGAAGAGUUACUUUGUGUACAAGACGAUGGGCUCGUUCUAAUUUACAAUAUGUUUGGCCAAUAUCAGCAUACAUUUAGCAUGGGACAAGAAGCCAAAGAUACAAAAGUCAUCGAUGCCAAAAUAUUUGCAUCAAAUUCAGGGACAGGCGUUGCUGUAAUGACCACCAAUUAUCGUAUAUUCCUUAUAAAUAGUAUAAAAGAGCCGAAAAAUCGACAAUUGCCCGAAAUGCCAAAAUCGAUACUCGAUCCAACGUGUUGGGCCAUUAUCAAUGAAGAUCGAAAUACAUGCAGUUUGGUUGCACGUGAACAUGAAUUGUUCAAAUUAAGCCAGGGAUAUAGUGUGUGUUCCGUACAAACGGUAUCCAUUGAAAAUGAAUUUAAAAGUAUUGUCGCAAUGUCCGUUUCGUAUAAUCAUCGAUUUUUGGCAUUGUAUACAAAUAACGGCAUCGUUUGGAUGGGAACAUCUGAUUUGCAAACAAAAUACUGUGAAUUUAAAACAAAUCAAUCUGAAAAACCAAAACAAAUUGAAUGGAUACUCGAUUCCGAAAAUUAUUCGCAAGCUGAUGCCAUUGUAAUUGCCUAUCCGUCAUUGUUACUGGUUGUGACUGUUGCUGGUGAUUCCAAUAUGUACAGCUAUGAUUCGGUGCCGUUUCUCAUACCAGAAAUGGAUUGUGUACGAAUAUUGAAUAAUAGUGAACAUGAAAUGCUUCAAAAAGUUCCGACCUGUGUGAAUAACAUAUUUGCGAUAAACAGUCAAAAGCCGUCGUCCUAUUUAUUCGGAGCAUAUCAAAAAUAUGAGGAGAAAAGUCAUCAAUCCGACGAAUAUUUGGGUCUGAUUAAAAAUAAACUCGAAGAAUCGGUGAAUGAAUGCAUCGAAGCGGCCAGCUAUGAAUUUGACACAAAUACUCAGAAGAGCUUGAUUCGAGCUGCAUACUUUGGCAAAGCAUUUAUUGCCAGCCAUAAUCCAGAUAAAUAUAUUGAAACAUGUCGCGUUUUACGCGUUUUGAAUGCCUUACGAGAUACAAAAAUCGGAAUACCUUUAACAUAUGCACAGUUUAAUCGAUUGAAGCCACAUGUUGUGUUGGAUCGAUUGGUGUUUCGCAAACAUUAUGGUUUGGCCAUUCAAAUAGCAAAACAUUUAAAAUUGCCGGAAUCACGAAUUUUGGAACAUUGGGCCUUUCACAAAGUCACUUAUGAUAAAAAUGAUGAGGAUGUAGCACGAAAAAUAUCCGAAAAAUUGAAAUUGGCCGGCGCUCAAGGCAUUUCAUUUUGUAAUAUUGCAAAAAAGGCACAAGAACUGGGCCGAAAAAAUUUAGCGAUAAAGUUAUUGGAGAUGGAAUCGAAGAGUAGCUUGCAAGUACCGUUGCUACUUAAACUCGGCGAAAGUAAACGCGCUUUAAUGAGUGCUACAAAAUCGGGCGAUACAGAUUUAAUUUAUACGGUUUUGUUACAAUUAAAAGAGACAACGCAAUUGGCUGAUUUCCAAAUGAUUGUUCGAACAUUUCCAACUGCACAGAAUUUGUAUAAGAAAUAUUGCAAUUUAAAUAGCAAAACUGCAUUGCAAGAAAUAUUCAAUCAAGAAGAUGAUUUUGUGGCCCAAGCUGAAUAUGCGCUUCGUGAAGACAUCUCGUCCUCGAACUUUGAAUUACCUUUGUUGACGGCAUCGGUUGCUUAUAAGAAAGCUCAUAAAGAUAUUGAAGCAGAAUUGUGCGAAGAUUCUCGCAAAUUGUUAAAGGAUCAAAAAACAUUUGCAGACAAAUAUACAUUGUCACGGUCACAAUCAUUCUAUGGUAUGCCUGUACAUGAGACGAUAAAGAUGUUGCUGAAAUUGGGCGAUUUGAAAAAUGCUGAAAAGAAGAAAACCGAGUAUAAAGUGCCUGAUAAGCGCUUCUGGUGGCUACGAAUUCAAGUGCUAUCAGAAACAUUCCAGUGGGAUGAAUUGGAAAAAUUUUCCAAAGCAAAGAAGAGUCCCAUCGGUUAUGAGCCAUUCGUUGAAGUUUGCUUAAAGCAGCACAAUAUUGAAGAAGUCAAAAAAUACCUACCCAAGUGUCGUAACGAUAAAAAAAUUAAAUGGUACAUUCGUGCCGGAUUGGCAGAGGAAGCGGCCCAGGCCAGUUUUGAACAACGUGAUCUAAACAGCCUUUAUACGGUGCAUAUGAAUGCCACGAAAAAUAAUGAUCGAGCACUUGUAGCCAAAGUGGAAAAUUUCAUUGAAAAACUCUCGGAAAAGCGAUAGGACCGCAAAUUUGACCAAAAUACAUGCUUCAAAUAUGGGUUUCAAAUUUAUUAUUAAACACUUUCUACUGUCAUGGACAUGUCAAUAAAAAAAAACAAUUAUAUUA